ACCCACAGCCCCAGGCAAUAGGGAGGUGGGGCAGCACACACGGAAGUCAGGACAUUAGAAGGGGACAGUAAACCUGCACCUCACCUGUCGGGGGACUUGUAGAAGACCAGCAGCAGCCUUAGAGCAAAAGCUGAAACACAUUGCUCAAACUGGAAGCCCACACCUCACCCAUACAGCCAGGCACCUCUACUGAUUGGAGGAGAAGCAAAUUCCUGAAGAUAUGAAAGUAAUUUGUGUGCAGAGCACAUCAGCACCGUGAUACCUGGGCACAUACUCUCCCUCCUGUACCUGGAUUAUAUCAGCUGAGAUUAACAGUAGAGGGACGAAGUGACCCACUACCUCUAGGAACACCUGCAAGUGACUGAGAUACACCAACUCCAAUGUGAAAUGCAGCUGACUGACAUCAACCAAUCACAGACUAGUAUACGUAUACCCUGUGAGCUUGUGCACAGGCUCAGUAGGAUCUUGUUUCCCAGAAAGUGAACAUAUGAAAAGACUCUGCAAAAUUCGAUAAUGGAAGACGGAGGAAGUACCCCCUGGCGGGACCAUCUGUUUCAGUGGGAUUAUCAGGACAAAUAUGAUUUUAUUUUGGUCAGUAAGAACAGCUCUCUGGACAGUAAGGAAGAAGGGAAGAGGCGGCUGUAUCUGUCUGCGCUGGAGCAGAAACGCUUCAAGAUAAAGAAAGUGAGGGAUGGCAACCAGAUCUUCUAUGGUGUUCGUGCACCACCAGAUAUCUUCCAGAAAUACGUUCGUCUUCUGAAGAACCCAGACCGUGACAAUGAUCAAAACAAUGAGGACAACGUGUCAACAACAAGCAGGAUCAGAAUUGUCCAUUUCAUUUUGUACAAUACCGGUAGCAGCCAGACAGAGAAACUGGAUCAUCUCAUAACACUUGGGGUUUUUGAGACCGCUUUCCCUUUACAUAAUCUGAAGGAAGGAGUUGGAUGUGAACUUCAGAGAAAAUGGAUCAAUUGGCGUACUUGUUUGUGCACACAACCAGUGAAACAAAUCAGGGGGUAUUUCGGGGAAAAGGUAGCCCUGUAUUUUGCGUGGCUUGGCUGGUAUACCGUCAUGCUUUUUCCUGCUGCUUUGGUCGGUUCUGCAGUUUUCCUGUAUGGAUUUGUUCACUUCAGCACCAGCCAGAUCAGCCAGGAGAUAUGUACAGCAAACAAUACUGUCAUGUGUCCUCUGUGUGACCAGAACUGCCCAUACUGGCCCUUGUCAGAUACAUGCACCUAUGCCAAGGUGACACAUUUAUUUGACAACGAAGGUACAGUUUUCUUUGCCAUGUUUAUGGCUCUCUGGGCCACAGUGUUCUUGGAGCUAUGGAAAAGGCAAAGAGCAAAGGACGCCUCCUGGUGGCACCUGUUCACCUGGGACGAAGAAGAGGAAGAACUUGCACUCGAGCUGAUAAACGACCCAGAAUAUCAACUCGAAUUUUACCAGCACUCAUACCUGCGCAGCACUCUCAUCUUGCUGGGAGUGGCCUCCAUGAUAGCGAUUUUGAUUGGCAUAGCGCAUGCUCUGGUCAUAUACCGCGUUGUGAUAACAGUGGUGUUCAUGAGGUCGGAAUGGAAACUCCUGAGUGAGCGUGCAAACACAGCUGCGGUUUUGUCAGGGGCGGUGCUUCAUUACAUCACCAUCGUCAUUAUGACUAAGAUUAAUCGUAUUGUUUCCACCUAUUUAUGUAACUUUGAGAAGCCUCGAACAUUUACAGAUCGCGAGAACAGCUUUACCGUCAAGGUCUUCACGUUUCAGUUUGUCACACACUUCUCCUCUUUGUUCUAUGUGGCAUUCUUUUUGGGACGAAUUAAUGGGUACCCUGGUAACUAUGUGCGUAUUGCAGGGGAGUGGCGGUUAGAGGAGUGCCACCCCAGUGGAUGCAUCACCGAUCUGUUUAUCCAGAUGUCUGUGAUCAUGGUGCUCAAACAGACACUCAGCAAUUGUGUAGAAUUCCUCUCCCCGUAUAUGAAGUUCAAACUGCGAACUAUGAAGGACAAAAAGUGCAGAAUACACUGUGAGCAGGGCUCCGAAUCCAACAUAGAAAGCUGGAGAUAUAACUACAUGCUGUGUAAUGUGCACAUCUUCAGUCUGUUUGAUGAAUUUCUAGAGAUGGUUAUCCAGUACAGUUUCACUACUAUUUUUGUGGCUGCUUUUCCCCUUGCUCCAUUACUUGCUUUUAUAAACAACUUGCUGGAAAUCCGACUUGAUGCCAUGAAAAUGACAAAACUGCAACGUCGUCUAGUACCGAGGAAAGCCAAUGACAUAGGAAUUUGGCUGCAGGUUUUAGAAGCAGUUGGGGUCCUUGCUGUCAUUACUAAUGGUUUGGUCAUUGCCAUCACGUCUGACUUCAUUCCAAGGCUCAUAUACAAAUAUGCAUAUGGACCGUGUACUCAAGAGAACAAUGGUGAAAUAGACUGUCUCACAGGAUAUAUAAAUCACAGUCUCUCCACGUUCCGCACUAGUGACUUUGAAAGUCUAACACAGGUGUCCCGCUCUGCGUACAGGAACAUUACAGAAUGCAGAUACCGCGAUUACCGAUCGUCUGAUGAUUACAGUUUCUCAGUGCAGUUCUGGCACAUUUUUGCUGCUAGGCUUGCAUUUGUCAUAGUGUUUGAGCAUGUUGCGGUGUGCAUAAAGUUUGUGGCUGCCUGGUUUGUGCCGGAUAUUCCUCAGUCGGUGAAAAACAAGAGUUUACAGGAGAAGCACAUUUACCUGCUGGAGGAGCUUGGAAAAUUUCCUGAGGAGCCUGUUGACAGUUCCUUUGAAUCUUCAGUGUAAUAGAGCACUCUACAGCGGUGUGAAAAUCGUCUCCAUAACAAGACAAGAUGGAAGCACUGGGUAUUACCAUAUGGCUGACCUGCAGUGUGGCACAGUGCCAGGCAUGACUUAUACAGGAGCUUCCAAUUUUGUCUAGUUUAUUUCUUUAGUGUUUCGAGUACUGUUUUGUAAAUAAACAUUUUUUUUAAUUAUGAAA